GAUUAACCUCUCCCUACAUCGUGCACACCCACCACCUUCUUAAGUUCUUAUCUUCUAUAUCUAUCCAUCCAUAUAUGUAACUUUCCAUUUGUGGCAUCCCACACAGUCGUACUCUAUGGCGCCACCAGAAUUUUUCUUUUUCUUUUCUUCUCUAAUUGCAAUGUUUGCUCUGAACUUGCGAGCUCAUGCAGAUUUUUACAAGCCCAGACCCUUAUCAAGCUAUCUUCCUACCAACACCGAGACUGUCUUCAACACCAUAGAUUCAUGCUGGCGUACCGAGUCGAAUUGGGCGAGCAAUCGCCAAGCCUUGGCUGAUUGUGCGGUGGGGUUCGGCAAAGCUACGUUGGGUGGGAAAGAUGGGGACAUCUACGUAGUCACCACCCCUGAUGAUGAUCCUGUAGAUCCUAAACCGGGCACACUUCGGUAUGGUGUUAUACAGACAGAGCCUCUUUGGAUAAUCUUCGAUCAGGAUAUGGUUAUUACACUCGAGAAUGAGCUUAUGGUGAAUAGUUUUAAGACCAUAGAUGGGAGAGGGUCUAAAAUAGAGAUUGCAGACGGACCGUGCAUGACAAUUGAAGGUGUUAGCCAUGUGAUUAUACAUGGGAUAAGCAUUCAUGAUUGUAAGCCAUCGAAGCGUGGCCUCGUUAGAAGUAGUGCUUCACAUGUUGGGGAACGUCGAGGCUCUGAUGGAGAUGGGAUUGUUGUUUUUGCAUCUUCUAAUAUUUGGAUUGACCACUGCUAUCUUGCUAGAUGCACUGAUGGCCUCCUUGAUGUGAUUCAUGCUUCAACUGCAGUCACCAUAUCUAACAACUACUUCUCCCAGCAUGACAAGGUGAUGCUGCUAGGGCACAAUGAUGAAUACAGUGCAGAUGAAGUAAUGAAAGUUACAGUUGUCUUAAACCAUUUUGGCCCUGGACUAGUCCAAAGAAUGCCAAGGGUGAGGUAUGGCUAUGCCCAUGUUGCCAACAAUCGGUAUGAAGAAUGGGAAAUGUAUGCGAUCGGUGGCAGCGCUAAUCCUACUAUUUUUAGCGAAUGCAACUACUUUAUGGCUCCAAACGAUCCCAAUAUCAAACAAGUCACCAAGCGGGAGGUACCCGGAGGCUGGAAGAAUUGGAAAUGGAGGUCGUCUAGGGAUAUAUUUAUGAAUGGUGCUUACUUCGUUCAAUCUGGUUAUGGGAGUUGUGCACCACGUUAUUCUCGAGAUCAAUCGUUUACAGUUGCUCCAGGAACUUUGGUUCCUGCUUUAACAUCAGAUGCGGGUCCUCUAACCUGCAGUGUAGGAAAAGCUUGCUGAGGAUAAAAUUGGUCUGAUAAUUUAUUCCAGAGAAUUGAAUUAAUUGGGUUGAUUGUAAACCUAUAUAUUCCCUGUUUCAGUUUCUUAUAAAGAUGAAAUGGGGGGAUAAGCAGGUAAAAUAUGAGGACACCUCUCGCAAUUUGAAACU